AUGGCUGUGGACUCGACUCUGGCCGUUCUGGUCGCUGUCGCUCUGCUGACGGGUCUGUUUCUCACAUCGAGGGCCAAAAAUGACAGACCACCGAAGCCUCUCAAGUUGCCCAUCAUCGGUGACCUCCACAAUUCACCGAUAGAGAGGCCAAUGCUGAACUGGGAUGCAUGGACCAGAGCCCAGGGACCGGUCGGGACGCCGAAGCUCUUUGGCAUCAUGCCGUUCGUGGUGCUCAACACAGCCGAGGCGGCGACGGAGCUGUUCGGCAAGCGCAGUGCCCUCUAUAGCAACCGGCCGAGCUCUGUGAGCAUGGAGAUGAUUACCGAUUCGGCGCCAGGCAAGUCGAGGAUGACGUUGAUGCAUGACUACGACGCACACUUGAAGUUACAUCACCGCAUGCUGUCGCCGAGCCUUGGAGCCGUGGCUGCGCCGAGGGUCCAGCCACUCAUGGAGCUGGAGUCGAGGCAGCUGCUCAGAGAUGCUGUCAAUGCUGUGCAAGAAAGCGGACGGACGGUGAUGAGCAGCACGGAGCUCUACCCGCUGCUGGAGCGGACCCAGGCCAGCGUCAUCCUCGGACUGCACUACGGCAUACGGGUGCCAGCUCACAGCGAUCCUCUCUUCACGGAGAUCCUCCACGUUCAGCACAAAGUAACCUACGUUGCCGCCAACCCCAGUCUCGUCGACUUUAUCCCGCCCCUGAGGCAUAUCCCCGCGAUCAUCUCCCCUUGGCAUCGUGCUGCGAACAAGCUCUUCAUUGAGCAACGAGAUCUCUACCUUCGUCUUGUAGAAAUCGCAGUGAACGAGCCUGGCUGGAACGCCACGAAGCAGGCACGCGCUAUCGCCGCCAAGAAUCCUGAUACUGAGGCUGUGCCGGAUCUGGACCUCGCCUUCACGCUGGCGACCAGUAUUUCGGGCGGGAUGGAGACGAGCCCGAGACAGACGCUGUGGCUUCUGGUCGCUGCGCAUGCCAACCCGGGCUUUGUGGCAAAGGCACACGCUGUCUUGGACCAAUUUGUUGGUAGGGACCGCUUGCCGCGGUUCGCAGACCGAUCGAAUCUGAUGUACAUUGAUGCAAUAGUUUCGGAAGUGGUGCGUUGGAGGCCAAUCGCGCCGGGCAGCAUCCCCAGGAGAGCGGAUCGGGAAGACGAGAUUUUUGGCACGCCCAUCGUCAAGGGAGCGACUCUGUUUGCUAAUGCCUGGGCCAUUGGCCGCGACGACAAGGUCUUUGACGAAUCACUCGGUGAUCUGGACUCAUUCGUUCCAGAGAGGUGGCUAGACGAAGAGGGAAAGCUUCGUACGGACCUCCCGUUGGCGGGUUUUGGGCAUGGAAGACGAAGCUGCUUGGGGAAGAGGGUGGCUCUCGACAACACCUUCAUGAUUGUUGCGAGUCUGCUGUGGGCCUUUGAGGUUGCACCCGUUGGCCAGGUUGAUUCGAUGGCUAUGGAGGUCGCGGGAUUCAUGACGGCGCCCUCAGAGUUCAAAUUUAGUCUGAAACCUCGAGGCAAGUGGGUUCAGGAGGUCAUUCAGAGAGAGUGGGAUGUCUCGGAGACGGACCUGAGCAAGCUCAUGGGACCUUGGGUGGAUGUUGAGACUUCCUAG